CGCCCUGAUAGGUCUCCUACGCUUGCCGCGCAUGACCCGUUGGGCGCGCAGAGGAGGAGGCAGGUCGUUCCAGCACCGGGACGCCGCAAAUCUGAAUGAUCCGCGAAAAGCUGCUGUGCGAUGUUUGGGUGUAGCAAAUAUCUCCACGUACUGCUGUCUCAGAGAGAGAUAGCUAUGAAACCAUCGUAUGGAGGAAUCAUCAAGACCAUAAUAACGCAACUUGGAGAGAAGCAGAGGAAUAUUAAUGGAGUCGAAGGCGCGCGAGAAGUCCAGCAGCACCAGCGUCGAAACCAACCCCCCAUCCUGAGCAGCCAGAAGGUCAUCAAUCACAUCCGAAAGAGCAGUAGCCGUCCCAAAACCCUUGCGGAAUCCCGAUUGACGGCGCGGGAGCAGUUCCUGUUCCUCAAGGAACCAAAGAGUCAUAUGGGCGGAGCUCCUAACACUCUCACGAGAUCGUCGGGCGUGCGCAACUGGAAAACCUGCGCGCCAUCACUCCUGCGGACGAAGACACGCCCCCGCCUCGUCCAGCAGUACUUCCACUGGCGGGCGCGGCACUCCUCGCGCGCCCGGUGGAACAGCUGGCGGUUGGGGCGCGUCAGGCGCUCGUUCACGAACACCCGGCCGCUCCCCUCCGGCACCCCGCGGCGCGUGCGCGCGGCCCGCAGCAGCUCGUCGCGCAGCUGGCGGCGCGCCAGCCGCACCACCACGCGCCGCGCCCGCGCGCCCUCGGCCGGCGGCGCGCCCACGCGCUCCGCGAACACCACGUCGCGCUCCUCCAGCGGCACGCCCAGGCGCGCGGCGAGCACGGCGACGCUGUGCAGGACGUUCUCGCCCUUCUGCUCCGAGAGCUGGCCGAUCUCGAGGUCCGCGAGCAGGGCCUCCUGGUCCCGGUCGUUCAGCUCGAGCCUGAGUCCCGCGACCGUCCGCUCCAGCUCCGCGACCGACGCCGCGCCCCCGCCAGCCGGGCCCGGACGCUCCGCGGCCUCCAGUCGUCGCUCGAUCGCGUCCAGACGCGCCGCGUUGGCCUCGUCGCCCUGGUUUGCCUUGAGCUCCAGCGCCUUCAUUCGCUCGUCCAGGCCGACGACCUCGCUCAUCAUGCUCCGGACGGCCUCGUUUAGCGAAACCAGAGCUGGCUGGACGCCGCCAGUCGCCGGAAGUACCCUCUCCUCGAUGCUCUGUUCCUCCGCUGUCUGGGUGUCAUCAUCCAGAGACAUCCCCGUCUCGUCCAGACUCUCCGUGCGGGCCGCCGCGGCCGCCCGACGGGUGGUUACAUGGCUGACCUCCGAGGACUUGACCGGCGUCUCGGUGUUGUCACCCCCCUUCCGCUGGCUACAGACGCAUUCUGGGCAUAUCCACCUGCUCUUGUGCUCCGACGUCAUAGUGUUGUAG